CGCCGCCACCGUCUUAUAAAAAAUGGCAUCUUUGCCGUCCACCGAGUCCCUCAUCCUCCAACUCCACGAUAUCUCCGCUGUCAAGUUCGGCAACUUCAAACUCAAAUCCGGCAUCUCCUCCCCAAUCUACAUAGACCUCCGCCUCAUCGUAUCUUACCCCGCCCUCCUCAGCCAAAUUUCCCAAACCCUAAUCGCCACCGUCCCCUCCUCCACGCGUUACGACCUCAUCUGCGGCGUCCCCUACACCGCCCUCCCAAUCGCCACCUGCAUCAGCACCUCCAAUGACCUCCCUAUGCUCAUGCGCCGCAAGGAGGUCAAGGACUACGGCACCGCCAAGGCCAUCGAAGGCGUCUUCAAGCCAGACCAAGUCUGCCUUAUAAUCGAGGACUUGGUUACAAGCGGCGGAUCGGUUUUGGAGACGGCUGCGCCCCUACGCGCCGCCGGUCUGAAGGUCGAAGACGCCGUUGUACUGAUCGACCGGGAACAGGGCGGGAGGGAGAAUUUGGAGGAGAAUGGGAUUCGAUUGCACUCGUUGUUUCGGUUGAGCGAGAUGGUGAGGGUGUUGAAGGAGAAGGGGAAGGUCGGGGAGGAGACGGAGUUGAUUGUUUUGAAGUUUUUGGAGGAGAAUCGGAAGGUGGCGGCGCCGCCGGUUGUGCCAAACAGUGUGGAGAAAGUUAAGGUUAGGGGAUUGGCGCUGGAGGAGAGAGCGAAGGUGUCAAAGAAUCCGACGGGGAAGAGGCUUUUUGAGGUGAUGGUGCAGAAGCAGAGCAAUCUAUGUGUGGCUGCCGAUGUUGGGACUGCCAAGGAGUUGCUCGACAUAGCUGAGAAGGUUGGGCCGGAGAUUUGUUUACUGAAAACCCAUGUUGAUAUAUUGCCUGACUUCACCCCGGAUUUUGGCUCUAAACUUCGCUCAAUUGCAGAUAAACAUAAUUUCCUAAUUUUUGAAGAUCGCAAGUUCGCAGACAUUGGUAACACAGUAACAAUGCAGUAUGAAGGAGGUAUAUUCCGUAUACUGGACUGGGCUGAUAUUGUCAACUGUCAUAUAAUCUCUGGUCCCGGGAUAGUUGAUGGACUAAAGUUGAAGGGUUUGCCACAUGGUAGGGGGCUGUUGCUUCUUGCCGAAAUGAGCUCAGCUGGUAACUUUGCAAAGGGAGAUUACACAGCUGCCGCAGUGAAGAUAGCGGAGGAGCAUUCUGACUUUGUGAUUGGCUUCAUUUCAGUUAACCCAGCAUCAUGGCCAGGGGCACCAGUAAAUCCAGCUUUCAUCCAGGCAACUCCUGGAGUGAAAAUGGUAACUGGUGGUGAUGCUCUUGGCCAGCAAUAUAACACUCCAAACUCCGUGAUCUACGAUAGAGGUAGUGACAUUAUAAUUGUGGGUCGUGGAAUUAUAAAAGCCGCAAACCCUGCGGAGGUGGCUCAAGAAUACCGUCGUCAAGGCUGGAAUGCAUAUUUGGCUAAAUGCAGCAACAGCAGCUAAGAUAUUUGUAUUAGGCUGCCUCCCUUGUUUCAGUUAUGCUUAACAUUAUUUUCUAAUUACCCGAGGAGUGAGUGAAGUAUGAUUCACUUGAAUGUGUGGGGUUUUGUGAACCCAGAGGAUGUGAGUUUUGUGGUAUUAAUUUCUAAGUGUGCCUUUAUUGGCACCCAACUUUAAUGCAAAGCUUAAUGGAAAUAACUUGAAGAGCGCCAAGCAAAUAUGAAAGACAAAUCAGAACAUUUACAGUGCA